AAUCAAGUACAAAGGAGGAAAGAGAGAGAGAAAAAGAUAAAGAAGGAAGGAGUGAUAGGUUGAUUGAGAGUGAGGAACGCCGCCCUCUGAAACAUUCCGCUGAAAGGACUGAGUUGCAUGUACCAGAUCGGUUGCAAAGUCCUAAAUCAGAGAGCCCACAUGAGAGACGACUUAGGAAAAAGAGAGAUGUUUCUGAUGAUGGUGAUAAGCAUUUGGAAGAUAAUGGAGGCAUUUUGGAAAGACAGUUGUCCAUAAGCAGUGAUACUGGAAAAGAUGCAAGAGCAAAGGAUAAGAGUUACAAAGACAAGUAUCGAGAAGAAAUGAACUGUGAAGACAAGUGCCAAGAUGAUAAACUGAGAGGUGAUCAAUUAGCAAGUGAUCUUGCUAAUAGUAAGUCCAGUGAGAAGCAUUUAAGGGAUAGAAAAGAUGAUGAGAAAGUUCAGCAGAAAAAGUCCAAGGUUCAAGAUAGUGACUUUGAGCGUGAGCGUGAUUGUGAUCGUGACCAUGAUAGAGAGCGUGAUCGUGAUAGAGACCACGAGCGCGAGCGUUACAGGGACCGGGAGUGCGACCAGGAGCAUGAGCGUUAUCGUGAUCUUGAUCGUGAUCAUUAUCAAGAACAUGACCGCAACCGUGAUCAUUAUCAAGAACAUGACCGCAACCGUGAUCAUUAUCAAGAACAUGACUGCAACCGUGAUCAUGACCAUGACCGUGAUUAUGAUUCUAAAUGGGAUCGAGAUCGAGAACGUGAUCGCCAUUGCAGUGAUCGGGACAAGGACAGAGAUCAUGACCGUGAUGAACAUGAUGAACGGUGGAGUGCAAGAUACAAAGAUAGUAAGGGAAGGAAGCAAUCAACUUCUGGUAGAGUUGAGGUAGAUUCUGAUAGGGGAAGGUCUCAGUCACGCCCUGCCAAUUUUGAUGCUGCUACAGGCAGUAACAGGAGAAGAGCUUCUCCCAGCACAAUUUCCCAUGGUGGGACUGAUGAGUAUAGACAUUUGAAACAAGAAGAUUCGAAUUAUAGAGAUCAAAUGGCAGAGCAGAAGUCCAAAGCAGCUUCAUCAAGAGAGGUAACUAGUUUAACACCUGAGAGAGGUGCUAAGUACAGAUCCAUGGAGAAAUCAAAUAGGGUAAAUGAGGGCCAUUCUGGGGAGUUACCAAUUGAGAGGUUCUCAAGUUCAAAAGCUUCCCCAAUGAGUAUGAAGGAAAGAUCUCCUUCAACAAGUCUCGAGCGUAGAUAUGUGAGUAGAAGUGGUGUUAAGCGGGGUCUUGAUAUAGAGGAGCUGGGAUGGAGUAGUGCCUCCGUUGGUGGCAGAGAGGAGGAUAAUAAACUUAGUCGAGACUUACCUCUUGAGAAGCCUCUUUUGGAUGGAUCAUUUCAAGCAGAUUCUGUGUUUUAUAAUAAAGCUGGUCAGGGCAACUCAUCUUUGAUUUCACAGCCACCUGGUUUAAAAGCUGGCAUUGGCAGCCCCUCUUUCAUGGGAUCUCUAGAAGAAGAUAAUAGAUUUAAUAACAGUGGUCGUUACAAGAGUGGUGAUCUAAAUGUUAGAAGAGGGCAUGCAAAUGCUUGGAGGGGUGCGCCAAACUGGUCAGCACCUGUUCCAAAUGGUUUCAUCCCAUUUCAACCCCAUGGUGCUUUUCAAGCUAUGUUGCCACAGUUUCCUUCUCCAUCACUGUUCGGUGUUAGACCCUCAAUGGAAAUUAAUCACUCUGGGAUUCCAUAUCAUAUUCCUGAUGCUGAAAGGUUUAAUAGUCAUUUGCGCCCAAUGGGCUGGCAGAAUACGAUGGAUGGUUCUGGUCCUGCUCCUUUUCAUGGUUGGGAUGGCCACAAUGUCAGUUUUAGAGAUGAAGUGCACUUGUUUGGGCACCCCGAGUGGGACCAGAGUAGGCAUCCAGUGAAUGGUCGGGGAUGGGAUACUGGUUCAGAUGUGUGGAAAGGACAAAAUGGUGAUUCUGUCUUACCUGCAACAUUUCAGAAAGAGGACCAUCAUCUGCAGGUCAAUCUUGAUGAUGUUUAUGAUGGACCAGAACGUCAAAAGUUUCAAUAUGAAAAUGGCAAUAAUGGUGCUCAGGCGAAAGGUCUUGAGAUAAGAUUUGAUGUCUUGUCACCAGUUAAGGAAUCUUCUAGAUUUUCAUCUGAGAUUCCACAUAAGGCACCUGAUUCUUCUAAAAUAUCAAGCGAAGAUGAUGAUGCUCGCUGUUGUCAGGCUUAUCUUUGCAAGCUUGACAUUUCAGCAGAACUAGCUGGUUCUGAUCUGUAUGAUCAGUGUAGGAUUUUGAUGAAUGUGGAGCGAAAUAGAGACUUGUCUAACGAUGUAACAAUGCUUGUGAAUUUGAAGAAUGGUGGACGACCAGUACAAAAUACUUCCAUUGCUUUACUGAGUCCUUCACUCAUUCCUCCAGCUAAUGCUUCUGUUUUUCAGAGAGCCAUGGACCACUACAAGAAACACCAGCUACAGAUGGGUGCUGUCCCUAAUGUCAAUGGUGGAACGAUAGCAUUUACUUCAGCGACCAAGGAGAAGGGGAAGGAGCAAAGUUUUGAUCAUGUUGUAGACCUAGCAGAGGAGCCAGGUCCGAUUUCUGAUGCAGAAAUGGUGGAUUCCGAGAUGCUAGAUUCAGAUCAGCGGAAAGGAGAGGCAGUUCCAACUGCUACCCGUCACAAGAAUAUGGAACAGCUAGUUUCAACCCAAAGCAGGGAGUUACUGGAUCAUCCAGAUAGCCUUUCUCCAGAAAAAUCAGAACAGCUAAAUACUGAUUUUGGCCACAUGAACACGGAGGUGCCUAAACCAGUUUUGAAUGGCAAUGAGGCGGAAGAGUCCGAGACCGAUCAGAUGAAUUCAGGGGAUGUAGUCAGAGAUCCUUUGCGGUCACUUGAUAAUGCAGCAGAUGCUGUUCAUUUGGCCGCCGAUGAGGAAAAUUCAAACGAUAUAAACGAAACCAAAGGUAAUAGUUCUGUGUACUGUGCCAAGGAAAUACAUACCUCUGGUGAUUCAGUUAGUGGUUCUUUAAAUGAUUCUUCCAAGGUAUCAGGGUCAAACGAAUCCGAGUCGGUAAUUUUAAGUCUGAUAAAUCAUUCUCCUGAAAAUACACAUUGAGACAAUUUCAAUAUCAUUGUUCUUUUAUUUCAUGCAUUUUAUUUUUGCUUUUGCUGCCGUAUCAUUAUCGAGCAAAUAAAAAGAGUUUGUGCCAUCUGGUUUCCUGGAUUAGGCAUCCUUGCAUCUGUUCUU